AUGCGCUCCGCCAUUCUUGCCAUCCUCCUCGUCACCAUAGGUGUGGCCGCAGCCCCUCUGCCUCCGGCAACCCCGCACCCUCCUCGUGACGCCGUCGGCGGGAGAGCUCCGAACCCGGGCGACCCCGAGAUGCAGAAACGGCUCAAUCCGCGGCCACCCUCCUACGCACCGCGUAGGGCUGUCCUUGUCCGUUCUGAGGACGACAAUGAGAAGGGGCUCGAAGCUCGGUUUAUCGGUCUUGGGCCCGGGCUCGUCACUCCUCCGCCAAAGACUGACCACGAGGGCGGUUGGCAUGACAAGCGCGAUGGGCAUCCUGGAGAGACUCACAGAGGUCCAAGCUCCGAUCCACCUGCCAACGCUGGGCGUGGCAGCACGGCAUGCCCUGCUUCUCCUCCUGGAAAGCGCGAUGCCGGCGGCGACGUGGAGGCACGGUUCAUCGGUUUGGGUCCCGGUAUUGUCGAGCCUCCCCCCGACGACAAGGCGUGA